AUGAUCCAACGACCGCACGCAACACAAGACGCUGCCCACCAAAGCAUCAUUUUUCAAUUUGCCGUCAGCCAAGAAGCACUCAUGCGUUGGAUGUACGUGGCAGCGAUUUUGCUUUUGCAGCUCGUUCAUGCCCGCCUCAUCGUUGACUGGCCCCACAAGCGGUCGCUCGACGAGAAGAAGGCGAUGGCGAUCGCAUUUGUUGAAGACCAGCUCCAGAAGCACGCAGUCCCGGGCUUUGCACUCUCGAUCGUCUACCAGAACGAGACAGUCCUCACCCGCGGCUUUGGUACCAAGCAAUACGGCAACGACUCGAAUGUAGUGACUGAAAACACGCAAUUUCAGAUUGGGUCGUUCACCAAGACGUUCAUUGCACUCGGAAUUGCCAAGCUCGUGGAUGAAGGUCGCUUGAGCUGGGACGACCCGGUCAAACUGCGGCUUCCGUGGUUUGAGCUCGCUGACAAGUACGCAGAGAAGUACACGACGCUCGGUGACCUUGCGGCCAUGAACUCAGUCCUCGGUGCAUUCGAAGGCGACAUUGUCUGGGGUAUUAGUGUACACCCCAACGAGCGCAGCCUCGUGCAAUCGCUGGGUACCUUCAAGACCACCCGACACCUCCGUGCCGGCUACGCGUAUGCCAACUUGAACUUUGAGAUCCUCGGCCAAGUGCUCGAGCACCAGACCAACAUGACAUGGUCGCAGUACCUCCACAAGACGUUCUUCACGCCGAUCGGCAUGGUCAACACGUACGGGUCGGUCCCGGACGUGCCUGCAAACGGCGACCUCUCGUUCGGCCAUGUCAUCUGUAACGGCAAAGUCGCUGGCCCGUACGAUUUGCGAUCGUCGCCCGAGAUUGCACUUGGGUACAAGAACGGGCACCUCGCCGCCGGGUCGAUGCUCUCGACGGCGUCGGACUUGGCGCUCUUCUCCAAGUUUCUCCUUUCGAAAGGCGCGGGUAUCUUUCGCUCGCCCAAGACAGUCGAAACCUUGAUCACGGGUCACAACUUCCAAGCGAUGUUUGCGCCGCUCGCAAAGCUCGUCGGCAUGUCGUACAACCCGGACGGCGGCUCCAUGACGGCUGGCUACGGCUUUGAUAUCACUGGCAACCUUAUGUACGGUCGUCAUUACUUUGACAAGAGCGGCGAUACGAUCGCGUUCAAGACACGGACGGGGUUCCUUCCAAAGGAAGAGCUUGGCAUCGUGCUGCUUGCGAAUGCCAAGCCGGCGGGUGGUCCGACCGAAGACGAGUUUUUGUCGGACCGCAUCCGCACGUACGUGGCUGGCAUCUUCCUCGACGUCGAGCCGGCGCUUCUUCUCGGUCUCCGUGCACAAACGUUAGCAGCGCGCGCCAAGGAGCUGCCUGCGCAAUGCAGCGAGCACACGUUUGGCGGCAAGUCGUGGACCGAGAUGGGCAGCGUCCUGCCUGAAGCGGCGCAGAAGAACCUCGUGGGGACGUACGCGCCAAGAGAGUCCGCUACCUACUAUGGCAAUGUCACCAUCUCGCGCGCGGGCGACCGCCUCCAGCUGCACUACGGUGCGUACACGGCCCCGCUGUACGCUGCGCGCGACAUGUCGUCGACGUUGCUUUGGGCCCUUGACGCCGUCGCAGGCGCCGAAAUCUUCAUUCCGGUCGAGGGCCUGGAGACGGCGACGCCAACCUUUGAGUUGAGUGUCCCGUAUACUAAAGUCCAGGCGUCGUAA